AUGCAAGAUGAUACGUGGCAACCGGCAUUCGUGGAUAGCUUGUUCCUAAAUAUGAUUCGAUAUCCAAAUAUCAUUCAUGCCAAUUCUCCACCCGCUCGUUACAUGGAUCAAAUGCGCUGGCGCGUGAAUUUCAGAAUGCAUUCUGGAUUUGCCGAUCUUCAAUAUGGUGCCUUUGUCCCUCGUUGGAAAGUUCAGACGUUCAUGACACAGUUGGGCAAAUCAUCAUUGGGAAAAGACAGAAUCCGACUAGCCGACAUGUAUUUCUCAGUAUGGAUGAACCAGUAUCCAUGGUUGCUCUCCAAUCCACUCUUAUUGGCAUCAGGUCAAAAGCCUGCGACACGACGUCUACAAAGUACAUUAGAGGCAGAUCUAACCGAUACACCCAAAGAUUAUUUCGAAAGAAUCGAGGAUGAGCCACGACUCUAUGAACGCGAUGUCCGCGCCUCCUGUGGAAACGAUCGAUGUCUCUUUUUCACCAACAUGGAUCAUUCACCUAAUCCUACAUUACUCAAGUUUGACAAGGACAAUUUCUCCAGCAUCCAACAACUUGAACGGACGUAUAACGAACUAGCAACCGUCCCAUCCGACGAGUUUUGGAAUGAACAUGCUUAUCACAAGGCAGUGGAUCAGGAUCCCACCAGCUGUUGGAAUACUUAUCAAAACCCAAAAGCAGGUGAUUACUUUGGCUUAAUCAUAAUGGGCAGCAUUAUGCCUGAGGUGUUGCAGAUCUAUACAUGCAACGAUAUCCGUCGGCCUGAGGCAUUAUUCGACGUAUCAGUGACGAAUAAUGGGACUGAUUGGGUUACCUGUCGUACGUCUGCCACAGCAGCAUGGCAGCAUGUCCCACCCCGCGUCUACAUAAAGUUGGACUGUGGUGAGAGUAUUCAGCAAUUACGAGCAAUUCGUAUCACAUUUAGAGAAGAUGGCCCGGAGCCAUUUAACGUAUGCGGUCUUGCACUUGAUACUGUUGUUGUUUAA